CUUAGCAGCCUGAGUUGCUUGUCAUCUAUAGCGGUAUUUUAGGAAAAUCAGUGGACUGUGGCUCCAGGCAUCACUUUGGUAGAGGGACACACUUUAAGGAUGAAGUGCUAUUGGAUGUUGUGUGGUGCUCUGGCACUCUUUUGGGGAGCGGUUCUUGGAGCAGCUUUUUAUGGGCUGGAACAAGAUGAAGAGAAAGUCCUGGUUGAUAACAAGUGUCAGUGUGUAAAGGUGACAUCGAAAUUUGUCCCUUCUAAAGACAAUCCUCAAGAUGAUGUCUUGGAGAGAAACAUCCGUAUCAUAGUGCCUCUCACAGCCAGGGAGAACAUCUCUGACCCCACCUCUCCAGUGAGAACCAAAUUCAUCUACAAGCUCUCCAAACUCUGUGACAAAUGCGAUUCAGAUACCAAUCCAAAGACUCAGCAGAACAUUGGGCAGAGCAGUCUGUGCAGUGACCCAGAGGAACCCUGUUACACCUAUGACAGGAAUAAGUGCUACACAGCACCAUGUCUCUUCAACAAUGGUGGGGAGACCAAGACCAUUGAGUCAGCCUUGACUCCUGACUCCUGCUAUGCGGAUUAGAGCUCAGCCGUAAUGGAGGGCCAUAUGGGGCAGUGUUAUUUCAGACAAACUUGGGUUGCUGUUACACCACUUCUGGGUAAAUAUCCUGGGAAUUAUAGUUUGGUGAUGGGUACUGAAAAAUCAGUGUUAUAAACCUUGAAUACUCCUCAUAGGACUAUAAAUCUCUUGGGUAAGAGAAUUAACCAUCUGAGACUUCUUCAUGCUAACCUCUGUGCUUAAAACAAACAAAUAAAACUCUUUCGAUGCAUCUGCAGAAUGCUUUCCUUUUAUUCAUUCCUCUCCUCAACUGCUGUAGUUUCUUCCUCUUUAUAAAACUUAUUUUCUCCUUCUCAUCUGUAUUAUUUACAGUACCUGCUGAGUAUAUGUACUCAAUAAAUAUGUAUCUUUCAUUAUCCCCUCAGUCACUUCAUUGGGACUGAACAUUACAAAUCAGAGAGUCAGUGUUGGUUCUCCAACUGGU